AUGUCUACAAUGUCCAAGACUAUUUUAAAUAAUAUUGAAUUACUACCUGCUGAUGCUUUAUUUGGUAUUAAGCAAAGGUUUUCUCAGGAUAAUAGGGAACCAAAAGUUGAUUUAGGUAUUGGUGCCUAUAGGGAUAAUACUGGUAAGCCAUGGGUUUUACCAAGUGUUAAAGCUGCUGAAAAAUUGAUUCAAGAAGAUCCUACUUAUAAUCAUGAAUAUUUAAGCAUUUCAGGUUUACCACAAUUAACUAGUGGUGCUUCCAAGAUUAUGUUUGGCGAAGAUUCUACUGCUGCUAAAGAAAAGAGAAUUAUUUCUGUUCAAUCAUUAUCAGGCACAGGUGCUUUACACAUUGCUGCUAAAUUCUUUUCAUUAUUUUUUAAAGAGAAGUUAGUUUACUUGUCAACUCCUACUUGGCCAAAUCAUAAAAAUGUUUUUGAAACUCAAGGUUUGAAAACUUCAGCUUAUCCUUAUUGGAAUGAUGCUGACAAGAGUUUAGAUUUGGAAGGAUUUGUUCGUAGCAUUAAAGAUGCACCAAGUGGUUCUAUCUUUUUAUUACAUGCAUGUGCUCAUAACCCAACUGGUUUAGAUCCAACAAAGGAACAAUGGGGUACCAUCUUGGAUGAAAUUGCUAAGAAGGGCCACAUUGCACUAUUUGAUUCUGCUUAUCAAGGGUUUGCCUCCGGUGACUUGGACAAUGAUGCGUUUGCAGUGCGUUUAGGUGUUGAGAAAUUAUCUGAAGUUUCACCAAUUUUUAUCUGUCAAUCUUUUGCUAAGAACGUUGGUAUGUACGGUGAAAGAGUUGGUUGUUUCCAUUUGAUUGUACCAAGACAGGAACCAUCCGUUGAUGUCGACUCUAUUAAGAAAGCUAUUAAUUCUCAAUUAGCUAAAAUAGUUCGUAGUGAAGUAUCCACCCCUGCAGCAUACGGUGCUAAGAUUGUUGCCAAGAUAUUAAAUGAACCAAGUUUGACUCAACAAUGGCACAAAGAUAUGGUUACUAUGUCAUCUAGAAUCACCAAGAUGAGACAUUCUUUGAGAGAUCACCUUGUUGCAUUAGGUACUCCAGGUAAUUGGGAUCAUAUUGUUAAUCAAUGUGGUAUGUUUUCAUACACUGGUUUAACCGCAGAAAUGGUCGCAAGAUUAGAGAGUAACCAUGCAGUAUACCUAGUUUCAUCAGGUAGAGCCUCAAUUGCUGGUUUGAACGAUGGUAACGUCGAAUAUGUAGCAAAGGCUAUUGAUGAAGUUGUUCGUUAUUUUCAAACUUCUAAAUUGUGA